ACCUAAUGAUUGUCACCAAUCACCUGUCAUAAUCUGCCAAACAGGCAAAAAUUUUAGUAACCUCACAUUUUAAAAGAUGUUUAGAGACUGAUAGUAAAGUAUAUGUUUUUUUAUUAAUUAUUUCAGACAGUAAGAAAGUAUGUUUUCAAAGAAAUUAUUAUUAACGUGUUUGUUAAUUUUCGAAUUUGGAAUAUGUAUGUGCCAUUCACAUUCUCACGACGUUCAUGAUCAUCAUGGACAUUCACAUGAAGAACCUCCUUCUUUUAAAUAUUCACAAACUGCUAAUGAAAAACAUGAAGUUCCACAUCACAAAGACAUACCUACUAAACCUAAACCAACUCCACUUAGUACACAGGAUCUCUGGAUUCAUGCUAUGGGAUCGACUUUAUUAAUUAGUGCUGCCCCUUUCUUUAUAUUGUUUUUUGUUCCGCUUGAUAACACAGAAAGCAGCCAACCUUUACUUAAAAUUUUAUUAGCAUUUGCUUCAGGGGGUUUACUAGGAGAUGCCUUUUUGCAUCUAAUCCCACAUGCCACUAUGUCUGUAGAUGAGCAUAGUCCUCAUUCCCAUAGUCACACCCAUGAGCCGGGAGAAGAACAUGGGCAUGACAUGUCUGUGGGACUAUGGGUUCUGUCUGGAAUAGUUGCAUUUUUAGUGGUAGAAAAAUCUGUAAGGAUAUUGAAAGGAAGUAGCCAUAGCCAUUCUCAUGUACCUCCACCAAAAAAAGUUGAUAAAAAAGUAGAAACCAAAAAUGAUAAACCACUGAAGAAAAAAGAGAAGGAAGUGGAAGAACCACCAAAAGAAAUCAAAGUUGCUGGAUAUCUUAAUUUAGCUGCUGAUUUUAGUCACAACUUUACAGAUGGUCUUGCUAUUGGAUCAUCUUAUUUAGCUGGAAAUACUAUUGGUAUUGUAACUACUAUCACAAUUCUACUACAUGAAGUUCCUCAUGAAAUUGGAGAUUUUGCUAUACUACUUCAAUCAGGUGUAUCAAGAAGGAAUGCUAUGUUACUUCAACUUACAACUGCCUUAGGAGCAGUUGCUGGAACGGCUCUUUCACUUCUCGCCCAAAAUGGUUCAGGAUCCAUGGCAGCUUCUUGGAUUCUACCGUUUACCGCUGGAGGUUUCAUCUACAUAGCGCUCGUUUCAGUAAUUCCAGAAUUACUUGAUGAAGAAAAACCAACUGUAGUUCAAACUCUUCUUCAAGUUGCUGCUAUGUUAGCAGGCGUAGGAAUGAUGGUUUUAAUUGCAGAAUUUGAAUAAGUUUGUGUUGUAAAAAUAUAUAUAUUUAUAUAUAGACUGAUAAGUAUAUCUCUUUUUAUGUACUUUUAAGCUUAUUGAAUUGUGAUAAGUAUAAGUAUUUUUUUGUUAGGAUCUUAAUAAAAAAAUGCUAAAUGGGG